ACUAUUCGUUGCCGGGUAAGUUUGAAUAAUGGCGAGCGAUCUGUCGAGCGGCUGUAUGGAGACGAUUGACCUGGAUGACGAGAAGGAAGAGGGCGAGAUCUCGUUGGAGGACGUCAGUUCGUCCGAGGAGGGCGGCAUGGGUCACUUGACCAGCAGCUACGUCGUUCAGAACAGGAGACGUGCGUGCCCCGAUUGCAAGUCAUGGGGUGAAUGCGCAUCCUGGUGCGUGACUUAUCAUCCUAAGAGCCAGAGCAGAAGAGAUCCAGUCAAAGGGAAGGAAAACCGGCAUCAAGUCAGGGAAAUAGGAUGCGCCACAGCGAAGCACACAGCGACGACGUUGCAAGAGAAAAACGACGACGAUGACCUAGUGCCUAUCUCUAGCGACAGCGACAUGGAGAUUGUCGGUCUCACCGGCACGUCCAAUCGAUCGAGAGCCAAAGUGAAAAAGAAAAAGAGAAAGAAAAAGGAUUACGAGGCUCUUACAAUCGACGAAUUGAUCUCUCCGUCCUCCGUUGACCUCCCUAUAAAGGAGUUCGUAAAGGAUACGCUGAAAAUAUACAGGGAAGUAAACCCGCUUCACAGAUCAAGCGGCAGAUCGAAGGUGAUCUCGAAAUCACCAAUCCGAAGAUAUAAGUCACCGCCGAUAGCACGACCGUCAUGUCGAUCAUCCCCACCACACAAUCAUUCCAAAUCACCAAUACUGAAGAGAUCCCCGCGAAAGGUCAGAUCGCCGAAACGUAGCCUGCGGCGUCACUCACCUGUAAGAGUGACGAAGAGGCCGCUGAAGUCGACCUCUCCUCCGUCGUCUACUCGUCCCUACGUCGACAGACACGGCGAUGUGACGCGAUUGUUGAAGAAGGUGAAGCUAUCUAUGGAUUCCAUAAGCCCACACGCAUCAGAGUCGAGCGCCAAUCGGGGUAAGGAAUCGUCGUCGUUGAAGAAGAAGCUGUCGAACAUGUUGAAAAGACCUGUCAGCAACGAGCACGCGAGGCAUCUCAAGAGAAAGACGAAAGUUCAAGUCGAGACGGUCAACGACGCCGACGAUGAAGACGAUCUGGCGUUGCUGCGACAAAAGGCGUUAGAAACGAAGCAAAAGAAAUCCUCCAACAGAUCAUCGAAUCAGCCGACGAACUUAGAACCAGAAAAGAAAUUAACGGUGGUGAACAACGAUGACCAGGACGAGGAGGCCUUGGAGUUGCGCAUGAUCGCGCUUCAAACGGCGUUUACAAAGAAUCAUGAGAAUCGAGUUCGACGCGGCAAAAUGCCCACCAAGACCAAGAAGUCUAUUCGCAGCGAAAGUCCGUUCACUACAAGCUACCUCGAUGACAUACCCGUGCCCGACGAUGAACAGCAGUUAAACGUCGCGUCGUCGCCCAUAUGUAGUCCAUCGCGUGACAGCAAUCACAUCGAGGACAUGGAUUUAGACACCGACGUUGAGAGGGAGAAGGAGAAGCUGCCGUACUCGCCGACCGACAAGAUCACCGAAAACGUACCGAUUGAUACGGCCUUGUUGGGUAUCGAGCCAUCCGACGUGUCGUUUAUCAAUGUAAAUGAGACGAUUGAUAGUCCGGUCUUCGACGACGUGCCGGACGCGAACAGCGUCACAUCUUAUUGCGACGACGCUUACCUGUCUUACCAGGGAUUACCGGGUACGUCGCAAUACUACGAGUACUCUCCAUCUCAACAGUAUAGCGGCGAGACAUUCCAUUCAGAUCUGAACCGGAAAGCUCUCGAAAAUUCUCACGGCAACGGUGUCGUCUGUGACUUGAUAGAUGGAAUUUGUUGUCAGGAAGGAACCUAUUCUUCCACGACUAUCAUGCCGGAUAACUCGCACGCUCUUCCAGGGUCCAAGAAUCUUGCUUCGUCUCCCAUCCUUCUCGACAAUACUUUCGUUCCUUCGCAGCAAAUCGUGGAGCAACUUUCCAAUAACAGUACUAUAGAUACAGACUCCACAUUCAGAAACGACACGUCCGCUUAUAAAGUGCAGAGAGACUCCAGAUAUUCCAUUACAGAUGCUCCGACAGCAAUAGCAUACAUCGGCGGACACGUCGAGCCAAUGUUGCCUAUAACGACUGACGAUCUUUCCAAGAAUGAUACAGAUUCAUUGAGCUGUCUCACUGAUGACAAUAGAAAUUUACCAGCCACGGAAACGUCACGAGAACCUCUGUACAUGCAAAAUGUUCCAGACGUCACUAAGGAUGCGAAUAAGAUACCUACGUUGAUCAAUAGGACGCUGGUGCCCGUACCGAUCUUGAAGUCAAACAAACAGUUGCAGCAGUACCUGAAUAAACGCGAAACGCCGCAUCCGGCAGAGCCGGCUUUUAAGAGUGCCGCAAUGCAGCCAGUGGCUGUUACCACCGUGAAUAUAGGAAGUAGCAGUGUCUUCAAACCGAUAAAAUUGCAAGUAGCGAAGAAAUCCACGCUCAUGUUAUCGGCCCCUACCACAUUCGACAGUUCGACGAAUGAAUCUUUGGAUAUUGAUGAAGAUCAAAGAAAUUUGCUUGAAAAGAAUCACAAAGCAGUUGAACCUGCGAAGCAUCCUGAUAUCGUUGAUGCGGCUAACAAUAAGGCUGCUCCAGCACAGAGUAAAAAGCGGAAAAGCGUUAAAAAGAAUGGGCGCAAGAGCUUAGAUACUGCGCCUAGAUUACUUGACAAUGAAAAAAGCCUGUGUUCGGAUAUUAAUGUGAAUAGAGAUACAAAUAUUGUGGAUAUGUCUACUCUAGAUCAGCAGACUGCGACUAAAUCUGAUCAAAGUAAAAGCAAUGAUAAUACUGACGUGCAAGAGAAUUUGAUAAAAACUAAAGAAUUGUCAAUAUUACAAAACACUACUGAUACCCAGGAGUCUGUCAAUUCUGAUCCUGUUACAAUAGAAAAGAGAGACGUGGAGAGAAACAGUCAUGCAACGUCCGCUGAAUAUUUGCAACAAGAGGAACAGAUUGAAUUUCAUUGUUUGUCAACAAAUCCCAUACCAGAGAAUUUUAACCCUGGCGCAGGUGACAGUACCAAUGUGACGAGCACUAAUAAUAGGAGACAGAGCAUUGAAGAGGACGAGGACGAAUUACGAGCCAUCUUACUAGCAUCUUUGAAACGAACCAAGUCAACGGCCUCAGAUACCAUCAGUCCUUCAAUUGCUCCAGUUGUUGUAAAUUCUGCCGCAACGAAUAUCCAAACUCCAGCACUCUCAGAUACUACCAUCCCUUCAGUUGCUCCAGUUGUUGCAAAUUCUGCCACAACGAAUGUUCAAACUCCUCCACUAAAAGCAAUGGCAAGUACCGUAGCAAGUAUGGCUAACGCGACAGGCACGGCGAGCAAUAAUGCUCCGUUAUUACCAUCGAAGCCGUCAUUAAUUUCGUCGGAAACUGUAAAAAAGAAGAUUAACAAUUUAUGUAUCUCGGUGCAAAAUACUAGGAAAAGAAGCAGCAGCGUGGACGCAGCAAAGAGUCUGCCGAAGAAAAUACCAAAGAAAGCACUCACGAGCACAAAAGUGGUAAACAAUGCAAAAAAAUAUCAGAAUAUGAUUGUACAGAGGAGACUGAAUCUACGAAAACUCGAUAAUAGUGCAAAGUCUAACGUUAGUCCCACGUCAAAAAUAUCAUCGUCCGACACUCAGCGAUUUGUGAUAAGUUUAGGUUCCGACAGCACGGAUAGCGAAUCCGAGGCUGAGAGAAAUCAGCCUAUCCCAAUCGUGGAGAAGCAGCAGAUGUCUCAGGAUACAUCCACAGACUUUGAGAAGAAUUUGAGUAAGUUCCUGCGCGAAGUGAGAACCGAGCAGGAACAAUCCGCUGCCGCGGCGAAAUCGUCCAGUUCGCAAGCGACAAAGCGAGACGUGCCGCAAACGAAUAACGGUUCAUCUAAUAUGCACACGCCACUGGCUGUGAGGCAUCUUCCUGCGUCGCAACAGGAGGAAUAUCGUCGUUUAAAACGGGAGAUUUUGGAACGUGAAAAGUUGAAAUUGCAGAGAAAAGUAGCAAGUAGCAAUAAUGGUAGUAGUAGUAGUAGUAGUAGCAGCAGCAGCAGCAAUAAUAACAAUAAAUUAUUAAACACUAACGUAGCAACUUCGCCAGUAAAGUCUUUGCCAUUGUGUGAAAAAAAAGCACAUGUUAAACAAAAUCAGGGUAAAAUAAAAACACCAGAGAAAAAUUCCCAGGAAUUGUCAACGGAAGUCGAAAGAAAAAGCGAUGAUACGGCGGAAGACACAUCGGAAUCAAAUGAUACAUCUACUGACAAAAAACUUUUAAUGAAUAGUAAAUGUACUACUCCUACACAUCAGCAAGCUAAAAACAGUAAGAAAGCGAUACCGAACGAUCUCAGUAUCCGAAUCACUAACGUUUCCUCUUUGAGUCAUGGAGAUAGAACGGUUGAAAAUUCACACGAGACGCAAUCUACGAAAGAGCAGCAUAGACCUGCCUUGAGAACGUUAAGCACAGAUGAAAUAAAUCGUAAAUACGUGCAAGUGGUAUUGAAAACGGAUACGAUCGAGCGAGUCGUUAUUAUAAAUGACAAAUCAGUUUCGCAACAUGACACGAUAGCAAGUGUUAGUCAAAAUGAUAAUCUGGUCGAGCCUAAUGUUAGUACAGAAAUUCUAAAUGAAACAAAUAAUGUAAAUAAUGAUAUUAGUAAUAUUAGUGAUUUUUCUAACGCGUCUACGGUGAAGCUUAAAAAUUCCGCGAAUUUAAGAGUUAACCAACACGAAGACAUGAUGGAAACCACAAUGACACUCUCGCAAUAUAAAGCAGAACGUCAGCGAGAAAUUAAUCGUGAUAUUUUAAUAACAUCCAUAGAAAGUAAUGAUAACAGCAAUGAUUCUCGUAAAUCUGACUCAAUUGCUGACGGUAAUGGGAAUGAUAUUUGGGAUGCGCUUAAAAGGGACGUUAAAGCUGAAUUGGAUUCUUUGGCGAGUCUUUCAGAAGUAGAGCGACAGCGAUACUUGAGAGAAACCGAGCACAAAUUAGUUGCGAGACGGUAUACGGUCUUAGAUCAUUUAGCAGAAAUGUCAGGGAACCUUCGUAAAUGGGAUAUGGAGAAGGAUGUGCAAUCUGCCCUGGCCAACGAAGUGAGAAAACUUAAAGAACAGCUCAAGGUAGCCGAGGAAAAAUUACAACAGCAGCGCGAUGUCAUUAGCAGCAUGGGUCCAAAGGUGUCAGUCGUACGCCAAAAGAUCAAGACUGGACGACACGAGUGCUUUAAGCUAUCCAGAAUUUGUUCGACCCUAGGUAACCAGCUUAUGGGGAAAAGCUACAAGUUACCAGAAGCGGUAGCUCAACUUUUGAGUGAUAAACUCAAGGAGGUUGCUAAUCAUACCCGUCAGUUUACCAAGAAAAAACGGCUCCAAACUAUUGAUAUUUCUGAAAAUUCCUAUUCUAGUUUAAAUUCUAGUUCGUUGCAAGAAACUUCAGAAUUAUCUAAAAAUACAUCUACUGAAGAGAUUUCUUCGUUGCAACAACAGUCAAUGAAUGACGCAGCUGUGAUCAAUAAGGCAAGAUCGAAGAGUGAUAUUUCUUGCGCACAAUCUAAUCAAGAUAAAAGUUCAUGCACGAUGCCAGAAACCUUAUUGAAUUUUUCGCAAACAGUUUCAUACCAAUUAACACAAGAGAAGAGAGAAAAAACUUCAGCAAGUAUAUUAGAGCAUUGUAACGAAGAACAAGUUAUGCCUUUUAAUCAAAAUAAUACAUCGUCUUCUAAACCAAAGCAGUACCAAAGUAAUUCUAUAGAACAAAAUAAGCAUAGGGAAGGAAAUGAAACGAAUGAGUCUGAUCUCGCUGCGUUUUCAAAACUAGAAUCGUCAAAGACGGGUACUUUGAAUCAAGAGUACAAUGAACAAAAUAAUAGAAAAGCUGCACUGCAACUACAAUCGCCAUCAUCAUCACCAUUACCAUUGUCAUUGCCAUCGUCAUCACCAUUGCUGACAACAACGACGACAACAACGACGACGACGACGAUGACAACAAAAACAGCAGUUGCACCUUAUGUAUCGAUAUUGAUGCACUUAAAGAACCCAAGGAACAUCAAUCCUCAUGGAAUCCUGUGUCCGUACGAAAUGAUGGGCAUUUGCAGGGACGAGGAUUGUCAAUACAUUCACCAGUCGAGGAAUCAAACCUGAAAUAAUACAUUACAUACUACCGCACAUACGCAACAUGACAUACGUAAGGUGGUUCUAAUUUCUCGUCAAAUGUGUCAAUGUGGAUCACACAUUUUAUUAUGUUGAUAACAUAUUGAUUCAUAGAUUCUUAAGCUUUCACGCGUUUAGUUUCUUGACUGUCCUAAUAUUUAAAUUCUAGUUUAUUUACAACACACACACACACACACAAACUCUGUGUGUGUGUGUGUAUGUAUAUAUGUAUGUAUAAAUACAAGAACCGCGUGUAGAACAUAAGUACAAAAAUAGUUUUUAACCGUUUCCUUCAAGCAAAUGUCUUUGAUUUCACAUUUGCAGGUAUCAUCGAUUAUUGUCUAGAAAAUAUAUCGAUGCAGGUGGGAUUACGUUGUUAUGCAGAGCCAACACCCGAAGAUCGGUAAGUUGUCUUCAUCCAUGGCAGGCUCUAGUGCACGUUACUGAAAAUAACAUUUUAUUUCUCAAAAAAUAAAUCUUACAUUUCAUGUAAGAUUUUUCCUUAAAAAGUCGUGCUACGGGAUUUCGAGCGGUAUUUGUAUUUUGUUGAAAGUUUAAAGAAAAUUUCUGUAAGUGUAUAUUUUUUACAAUUAUGAGAAAAAAGUGUCAUAAAACUGCAAGAACAAUCAGUGUGGCAAAGAUAGGAAAGAAGAAUCUAUCGACCAUACUAAGAAGAAUUAAGAAUGGAAAGAAGUCCAGCAAUUAUGAAUCAUCAAUGGACGAUCAGUUAUUUUUUCUUCGUAUUUUAAUAUAAGUUACCUCAUAUUAAUGAAUCUUGUACCUGUAUAAUAAAAAUUGUAUAUUUUUUUCUUA